AUGGCCCGUACCAAGCAAACCGCUCGCAAGUCCACUGGUGGCAAAGCCCCUCGUAAGCAAUUGGCAGCCAAGUCCGCUGCUCGCAAGACCGCACAAGCAAGCACUGGUGGUGUCAAGAAGCCCCAUCGUUUCCGUCCCGGUACCGUCGCUCUUCGUGAGAUCCGUCGGUACCAGAAAUCAACGGAGCUGCUCAUUCGCAAGCUCCCCUUCCAACGACUUGUUCGUGAAAUCGCACAGGAUUUCAAGACUGACCUGCGCUUCCAAUCAUCUGCCGUGAUGGCUCUUCAAGAAGCCGCUGAGGCAUACCUCGUCUCGCUGUUUGAGGACACCAACUUGGCAGCCAUUCAUGCUAAGCGUGUCACUAUCCAACCAAAAGAUCUUGCUCUUGCACGGCGGCUUCGCGGCGAGCGUUCGUAGAGGGUUUUAUUUAUUAGUGGUUGAGUUGUAUUCUAUUGUAUUAUCUAUUUUUCGUACUACCGACUGGACUAUUUUGACAUGCAAUCUGCAAUGAUGAGCGGAUUCCACAUACCACAAUGCUUUCCGAAGUCCUGAACAUGAUCUCUUAGUGAAUUCAGCCG